AUGUACAUGAGCAGAUGGGAUGGUGGCUCAAGACUGCUGGCCUUCAAAACACUUCUGCUCUUCUUCAUCCUUCCAGAGAGGGUCAGUGAGGGUUUGGAAUCCAUGAGCAGUCAACUCACCAACGCUCCAGCAAAACCUGCCACCUCCAGAGGGGAAAUGAUACUUGGGGGAUUUGUUUCCCUUCUAAAUAUUGACGAAACCUUACAGAGUUUCACCAAAGAGCCAGAGAUUUACUUAUUUGGAAACAUGAUGCCAAAAAACUACCAGCACAUUCUUUCCAUGUAUUUUGCUGUUCGUGAGAUCAACCAGGACCUCCAGCUGUUACCCAACACCACACUAGGAUUGGAGGUUUAUGAAAACUGUUUCAGUGUCAGGCUGGCCAGUAAGCACCUCCUAGAUCUUCUCUUCUUGAAACAAGGGAAUCCCAUCAACUACAACUGUGUCAGAAGGAGGAGGAGGAACCUCUUGGCUAUCAUUGGUGGCCUCACCUCCCCAAACUCCAUCCACAUGGCCCACGUCCUGAAUACCUACAAGAUUCCACAGCUCAGUUAUGGCUCCUCUGACCCAGUCCUGAGUGAUAAAAGGCAGUUCCCUUCCUUCUUCAGCAUGGUUCCCAAUGAAAACUUACAGUAUGAGGGGAUUGUUCAGCUACUGAAGCAUUUUGGAUGGAACUGGAUUGGCCUUUUGGUAUCUGAGGAUGAGAAUGGGGAAACCUUUCUCCAAAAUCUCCAGCCAAAGCUCUUCCAGAAUGAUCGCAAAGGAGCAAAUCGCUGCACUGGGAGAGAAAAACUGGGGAGUCUCCCCGGCUCUGUCUUUGAAAUGACCAUGUCUGGAGAGAGCUACAACAUCUACAAUGGGGUCUACUCUUCAGCACGUGCUUUGCAAGCAAUGCGUUCAAGAAGAGCAAAGGCAGCUUCCCUGAGGAAUCAGGACAGAGCAAUUGUUCAGCCAUGGCAGCUUCAUUACUUUUUGGGAAACACCCAUUUUAAUAACGGUGCAGGAGAUGAAAUCAUUUUUGAUGAGAAGGGGGACUUUGACCCUGGAUAUGACAUCUUCAACAUGGUCACAUUCCACAACAAAUCUUUCCAGAGAAUUCAGAUUGGAAGGAUGGUCUCCAAAGCCCCCGAUGGGAAGACGUUCAUCAUCAGUGAAAGUGCCAUUCUGUGGAAUCACAAGUUUCAGCAGGUACCUCCUUUUGCCAGAUGUGUGCAGAGAUGCCGCCAGGGGUACAGCAAGGCUGUUCAGGAAGGGAAACAAGCUUGUUGCUACAAUUGUACCAAAUGCCCCGAAGGAAGAAUUUCAGCUGAAAUUGAUGCAGACCAAUGUGGGAGAUGCCCAGAAGACCACUAUUCCAAUGCAGAAAAAGACCAGUGCCUUCCCAAAGGUUUCAGCUAUUUAUCCUAUGGCGAACCCUUGGGAGUCGCUCUGACUUCCUUGAUUCUUUUCUUUUCAGCAACCCUCAUUUUAGUGGCAGUGAUCUUUCUUCUGCACUGGGACACCCCCAUUGUCAAAGCCAACAACAGGAACAUCACAUGCAUCCUUCUCUCCUCUCUCCUCCUCUGCUAUCUCUGCUCCCUGCUCUUUAUUGGCUGGCCUGGGGAAGUGACCUGCUUUCUCAGGCAAACUCUGUUUGGCACCAUUUUCUCCAUCUCGGUUUCCUGUGUCUUGGCCAAAACCAUCACGGUAGUUCUGGCCUUCUUGGCCACCAAGCCAGGCAACCGGAUGAGGAAGUGGCUAGGGAGAAGACUGGCAGCAUCUGUCAUUGUCCUUUGCUCCUUUAUCCAAGCUGUUAUCUGUGCAGCAUGGUUGAUGACCUCUUCUCCCUUCCCAGAGUUGGACAUGCAUUCCCUGACUGAUGAGAUCAUUGUGCAAUGUAACGAAGGCUCGGAUUCCAUGUUCUAUGUUGUCCUGGGCUAUUUGGGGCUGCUGGCCAGCAUCAGUUUCACUGUGGCUUUCUUUGCAAGAAAAUUGCCAGAUACUUUCAAUGAAGCCAAGCUGAUCACCUUCAGCAUGCUUGUGUUUUGCAGCGUUUGGCUGUCCUUCAUUCCAGCCUAUCUGAGCACCAAAGGAAAACACAUGGUGGCUGUGGAGAUCUUCUCCAUCUUGGCCUCUACCACAGGUCUCCUGGGCUGCAUCUUUCUCCCCAAGUGCUACAUCAUGUUGUUGAGCCCACAUCUAAACACAAAAGGACAUUUGAACAGGAGGAUAGUAUAA